UGGCACAGAGCUAGGAGCUUGGAGAGGGCGAGUGCUACCCAGAGGGAUGUAACCGAAUGAGAGAGGCUCAGACAGGCAGAGAGGGGAGAGACAGAGAGAGCAAGAGGCAGGGGAAGAGGUGGAGGAAGAGAAAAAGAACCAGAAUGAAGAAGACACCAUCGGAGGGAUUGCUUUUCCAGGGAACAUCCAAAAGUGAAGAGCUCUAAGAUAUGAUCCAGCCAGAUCUCACAGUGGGCUAAGAGUACUAUGAUUUGGUAUGUGGCCACUUUGCUAGCGGGUGUAAUCAGCACUAAAGGAUCGGCAGCUCAAGGUGCCCACAGUGUAAGGGAGGAGCCUCAGUUUGUGACUGCCCGUGCUGGUGACAGCGUGAUUCUGGGAUGUGAUGUGGUACACCCAGUGACAGGACAGCAACCCCCCUAUGUGGUAGAGUGGUUUAAGUUUGGAGUUCCCAUCCCAAUAUUCAUCAAAUUUGGUUUCUAUCCUCCUCAUGUGGACCCUGAAUAUGCAGGCCGUGCUAGUCUGUAUGACAAGGCUUCUUUGCGAAUUGACCAGCUCCGCUCAGAGGACCAAGGAUGGUAUGAAUGCAAAGUGCUCAUGCUGGAUCAGCAAUAUGACACAUUUCAUAAUGGCAGCUGGGUGUAUGUCACAGUAAAUGCUCCCCCUACGUUCACGGAAACUCCUUCACCCUAUGUGGAAGCCAAGGAAGGAAGUAGCAUCACCCUCACGUGCACAGCAUUUGGAAACCCGAAACCUGUUGUUAGCUGGCUGCGGGAGAAAGUAUUGCUGGAGAGCUCUCGGAAGUACACGGUGAGUGAUGGAAGUCUUACCAUUUCAGCGGUGGGCCGGAAUGACAGGGGACCCUACACAUGUCGGGCCUACAGUAUUCAAGGAGAGGCUGUUCACACCACUCGAUUGUUGGUUCAAGGGCCACCCUUCAUCAUCUCUCCGCCUGAAAAUAUCACAGUAAAUAUAUCCCAAGAUGCCCUCUUCACCUGUCAGGCAGAAGCUUAUCCUGGCAACUUGACGUACACCUGGUUCUGGGAGGAAGAGAAUGUCUUCUUCAAAAACGAUCUGAAGCUGAGGGUGCGAAUUUUGAUUGAUGGAACUUUGAUCAUCUUCCGAGUUAAGCCUGAGGAUGCUGGAAAGUACACCUGUGUACCUAGUAACAGCCUUGGGCGUUCUCCUUCAGCCUCAUCCUACUUGACAGUCCAGUAUCCAGCACGAGUUGUCAACAUGCCUCCCAUCAUUUACCUGCCAGUUGGGAUGCCUGGAUAUAUCAAGUGCCCAGUGGAUGCGGAUCCGCCAGCAACACAAGUCAAGUGGACCAAAGAUGGACGGCCACUACGGAUUGAAAAGUUUCAAGGUUGGAGUUUGCUAAGUGAUGGGACCAUUACACUGGAAGAAGCUACAGAAGAAGCUCUUGGCACUUACACCUGUGUGCCUUACAAUACUUUAGGUACUAUGGGACAGUCUACCCCUGCUCGACUGGUGCUUAAGGAUCCUCCUUACUUUACGGUGCUACCAGGCUGGGAGUAUCGGCAGGAAGUAGGCCGAGAACUGGUCAUUCCAUGUGCUGCUGCAGGUGAUCCAUUCCCAGUAAUCUCCUGGAGGAAGGUAGGGAAGCCCAGUAAAAGCAAGCACAACAUCCUUCCAAGCGGCAGCUUGCAAUUCAGAGCUCUCAGCAAAGAAGACCAUGGACAAUGGGAAUGUGUCGCUACUAAUGUUGUCACAAGCAUCACUGCCAGCACACAUCUGACUGUCAUCGGCACAAGUCCACAUGCUCCAACCAAUGUUAGAGUCACAGCCACGAUGACCUCUGCUAAUGCCUCCUGGGACCCAGGUUAUGAUGGUGGAUAUGAGCAGACAUUUACAGUCUGGUAUGGCCCUGUGGUAAAGAGGGCUAUGCUGGGACCCCAUGACUGGCUAUCGCUGCCUGUAUCCACAGGCCUUACCUGGCUGCUGGUGGAGGGCCUGGAACCUGAGACAGCAUACCAGUUCAGUGUGCUAGCACAGAACAAACUGGGCACUGGGCCCUUCAGUGAAGUCAUCACUGUGAACACACUGGCUUUUCCUGUAUUGACCCGAGAACCACUGGUGCUGCUUUCACCACCAAGGUGCCUAACAGCCAAUCGAACACACCAAGGAGUGUUACUGUCUUGGCUCUCACCGGCCAACCACAGCUAUCCAAUUGACCAUUAUAUCAUGGAAUUCCGUCUGGCUGAAAGGUGGGAGAUCCUAGAUGAAGCAAUACCAGGAACUGAAACUGAACUGUUGACCAAGGAGUUAUCUCUGGACUCCUGGUAUGAAUUUCGUGUGAUGGCUGUCAUGCAGGACCUGAUCAGUGAGCCAAGUAAUAUAGUUGGGGUUUCUAGUUCAGAUGUCUUUCCACCACCUGAAGUGCCCGAGGAAGGCCUGGCCCGUCCGGUUGUGGCUGGUAUUGUCGCCACUAUCUGCUUCUUAGCGGCAGCUAUUUUAUUCAGUACCUUGGCUGCUUGCUUUGUUAACAGGCAGCGGAAGCGGAAGAAUAAGAGAAAAAGGGAUCCUCCUCUGUCUAUAACACACUGCCGAAAGAGUGUGGAAUCACCAUCUUCCUCAGGAAAGGUGAGUCCUGAAAGCAUCAGAACACUGCGAGCUCCGUCAGACUCCUCUGAAGAUGCUCAAGCCACACAUGCCAAGAUGAUGAGUCCUGGCAGAGAAAGGGAAAUGUCCCUGUACAAAAAGACAAAGCGAGCAAUAACCAGCAGGAAAUACAGUGUUUCCAAGCAUGAGGCUGAGGCUGAUGUAUCCACACCCAUCGAACUUAUCAGCAGAGGCCCUGAUGGACGUUUCAUCAUGGAUCCCACCGAGAUGGAAACAUCGUUGAAGACAAGGAGGAUUGAGGGCUUUCCUUUCGCAGAAGAGACGGACACCUACCCUGAGUUCCGGCAAUCGGACGAAGAAAACAAUGAGACUCUAACUCCAACUGCCAUAAUGGGCUUGAAGUCUCAGCUUUCCCCUCUCUCAUCGAGUCAAGAGUCAUACUUACAGCCACCAGCAUAUAGCCCAUCAUUCCAGAAAACAGAUGAAAGCAUGGGAGGCUUAGAUGCAAGGCUGCAGGCCACCGGUCAGAUCAGGCGACCUGUUAAAGGUUAUCCUCCAAGCCAAUUUUAUGGUUAUCUCAGCAGUAGCUCUGCAGACCAAGACAGUCAGCCAUUUUACAUGCCAGAUAUUAGUCCCCUCAGUUCAGUGAUGUCUUCACCUCUAUUACUUACUGAAGGACCCUUUGCUCACCCCACCCUCCCUGCAGAUCAAGGAGAUACUGAAAUACAGCACUUGGUCGCUUCCAGUAGCACUCUGCCUUUGACUCACACACCAACUACUAAUCGGUCUCCUGAACCAUGGAGAAGGAAGGAAUUGUCAAUCAGCAGCAUUGAAAGCUCUCCAGUUAUCUUUUCACACCAACAAGAUACACCUGAGAGUACACUGCCAAAGGCUGGUCUUCCAAGGGGUGACCCCCCUUCCUCACUCCAGGUCACAGCACCAUACCACAGUGUGCUGCAACUGGAGGCACCAAAGAGUCGGACUGGCAAAACUCCCAGCAAAACAAGUGAAUCUGUCUCCCUCUCUCAAAAACAUCCACAUCAACCUAUGCAACAGAGUCAUGGGCAGCUAAAGCAUACCAGCCAUGGUAUAAGUGCACCUACAUUGCCUUACACUGAAUCAGCCAAACAGGCUGGUCCUAGUGGCACAAGCACAUUCAGCCUGGAUACGAGGUGGUAUGAACCUAGACCCAGGCCCAGACCCAGCCCUAGACAAGGCAGAAGGACUGAGGCCAGUUUACACCAGGUGGUUCUACAGCCUUCCCGGCUCUCCCCUUUGACUCAGAGUCCUAUGAGUUCCCAUCACGCCUCCCCAGAGAUUUCAUCCCGUCCACGGCCUCGGCCUAGUAUGCAGCCCUCCCGUGGCAUCUUUCCUGCAGGUAUCUCUGUAGAGAUGUCUGAAAUUACCCUGCAGCCUCCUGCUGUUGUUAGCUUAUCCAGAAGGUCCUCUCCGUCCUCCUCACCAGCACAAAGCAGCACUGCUGGCCAGGGCAGCAGACGCGGAAGCCCCAGUUAUAGACCUCACAUGGCACUGACACCUUCUACAGGCAGCUACACAGGAUCACCUUCUCCUGCAGCAGAACGCAGCGAGUUUUAUAGUCAGAUCCCUAGCCAAAGGAGGAGAGGUGAAGAACUUCCUCCUUUUGAACACCCACCUUCACACUUAUCUACUUCAGGGAGGCCUCCAGAUACACAUGGUGCGGCUGCUAUACCUGAGAGUUUCGAAGUACUGAGAUACCCACGAGUGCGAAAGCCCAAGAAAGCACUGCAGCUCACCUCAAAGGCACGACACAAAAACAGUUUUCCAAUCUCACAGGUCCAGCAGCCCGGUGAAUCUCAGGUUCUCCAGCCCCAAGGCAUUCUCUACCUCCAAAAGAAGAAGAGACACUCCCGUCAGGACCCUUAUGCUUAUUUUUCUGCCAUGAAAGAAGAGCUUCACAAGUACAGACACCAGCCUGAGGAUGAAAUGGCCAUUCUAGAUCACGUGGAUCAUGAAGAACACCAGGGGCAGGCAACACAGCUCUAGUUAUAGUUAUUAGUUACGACAAAAAUACUUGACAAGAUUUGUAAAUCUGUGUACAGAAUGUGUUUCCUGCUCAAAGAAGUUAAGUACAGACUCUGUGGUAGAAAUUAGCUUUGUGGUCUCAGUUGUACAAACAACUGUGCUACAGUGCUGUAUUCUUAGCUACCUACCCCACAACUAAAAGUAACCACCCCAUAUUCGUAUAUAUCCCUUGAAAGGCCUACUUAAAGGUUGGCAAUGUUUUGUUUUGUCAAGCUGCUUAGUUUAACUGCUUGAAAAAGAAAUGGUGUGAAGAAACAUGUAGUUUGUAAUCAUUUUGUUUGCCAAAUCUGUAACAACACUUAGGGAACAUUUAUCUGCCCAUCAGUAUUCCCUUCAAAAUGAUUUCAUAACAGCAAAGUGACAGAGCAGUCAAUGAUAAAUUAAACUGAGAUGAUACACUUGUUUUGACAGAUCUUCCUGCUCUAUGUUGUCUCAUUUUCUGAUAGGUACAUAUGCUAUAUUUCCAUCUACCACUUAAAAUGGCGCUAUGUCAGAUGCUGAAUUUAUUGUUUUUGUACAGCAUAUGAGAACAAUGAGUAAUACUUCAUUUGUCGUAAGAUUUGGAAUGAAAGUUGAGACCGCUGAAUGGCACAUGCCUGCUAUGGUUUUAUAAUGUUCUUUUUCCCUCUUAUAUUGUUUCUGCUGAAAAGCCCAAGGACCUGUUUUGUUGGUCUCCAUUCAUUAUCACAGCUUUGAGAAAAUUGUUGGUGAACUGCUCCAAAGUGGCUUUAACUUCUAGAUUUUAAGAUUUUUUUUCUCUGUUGAUCAACACCAUAGUUUUUGUUGCGGCAUAUCUAGUGAGUGAACCUUAUCUACGUUAUAAGAUAUCUAACCAAGUAUUGGAAAUUCACGCAAGUCGUGUUAUGGAGCAUUCACUUAUGUAUCGGUAAGCAAGUGAAUGGAAUAAUUUGAUUACCUUGUUCAAGGUGGUGUUAAGACUGUUACGCCAUCUAAAACAAGACUGACAGUCAUAUCUGUUAAAGUAUUACUCUGGUUUGUCCUUACAUUCAGCAAAGAGCAUCGGCUUUUUCACUGGCAUGUGUCUAAUUCCUUUUUCAUAUCUGGUAGUUUGCCAGAAAAGUUUGUUGUCAGAGUCAAAUGAUCAUAAAUGGGUGAAUUCAGUUUUUUUUCACCUUUUCCUGUACUUGCAAAAUUCUGUAAUAAUUCUUCACACAUUUGUACUCGCAAUAAAACAGGUCUUUUUUUUUAAUCCAUGCAUCUGCGCAUAUCACCGGGACAGUAGAUUCCUACAUGGAUCCUGUGACAGGUUAGCUACAUGUGGAGGCCAUUGCAGGCGUUCAUUGAAACAACUAAUUUCCGGACAUUAGGAACUGGAAAUCAAUCUGACUACUUGUGUUCAGUUUUUAUUAGCCUUGUUAAUAUUUAGACAAUUGUCAUUAUCAGUGCCUGUUAGUCAGAAAGACAUAAUCCAAUGGAUUAUUUGUCUUUCAAUAUCCAAUCAGAAGAUUGAUUCAAUUUUUUUGAAGGAAUUUUAUUGGAAAUAGCAAAUCAAAGAUGUUGCAAGAGUAAAUCUCCUUAAGCUGACUAGACUUUGCAAGUUUGAUAGCUGAUUGGAUAUCUCAAAAGCAAAAUUAACCUAGUAUUCAGACAUAGACUAGUAAACUAUGAAUGUAAUAUCAACAUUGUCAUGGUUAAUUAGGCAUUUUAUAAACUAACAAUUAGAAAAUAACCUAAACUACAUUAGGUUUUAUCCUUAAAUAUUGAGGAAAAAAUGAAGUGAGUAAAAAUGUAAAGGCUGUAAAAUGAAAUAUUGCAAUAGACAAAGUUCAUUGUUACUUGCCUUCUACCAGAUUUUAGUUAUAUAUAAUAUUUGAUAAUGCAUAACAACCUCUAAACCUUUGUAAAUAUAUACUGAUGGACAGUGUCAGAUAACGGUAACCUUCUCUCCUUCAUUGCACCGCCUUUCUCUUUUUGGACAUUGGCAUCUUGUAAUGUGAGUAAAAUAAGCAUCAAACUGAUGCAAUCCAACAGAAUUUCAGCAAAAUCCAAAAACAAUGUUCAGUAAAAAAUAAUUUUCAGAAUGUACCUUGAUGUUGUAUUAGAAUUCAUGCACAACAAUGAUCGCCCAACAUUUUAGAACUUUUGUCAUCAAAUCACAUCAUUUUCUGUAAGUAAUUAUCACCAAAUCUAACAGUUUGUGUAUUCACUGCAGAACCAAUUUGAAAUGUAAAAUUAAGCAACCUUGGAGUGAUGGUCACUGUGACAUUGGUAUCCUUGUAAUCUAUCGAGGAGAGAUUUUAAUGUUCAUGAGUUCAUUGGAGUAGCCCAUUUGUUAAAGCAUUUCCAUAACUCAGUGUUUCAGGUUGGAUAUCUGUUAAGUAGCCUGCAGUGAUUUAUAUGUUUAGGAAUAUGACUGACAUCUUUCUCUUGGUUUGUGAUGCUGUUCUGCUUUAGAAAGUGCCAUCAGAGUACACUUUAACGUGAACAUGUAUAUGUACGAAUGAAAUGCUUGUCAGUGACUAGACAAUUGCAGGACUAUUCUGCUCAAACAUUUUGCAAUAUUUUUCAAAGAAAUCUUUAGGCAAUUUAAACUGAGAGGGAAGAUCUUUCUGUCAUAUCAUUUAAAUGUAAUCAGUACAUCAAAAGAGAAGUGCAAUGUACUUGAUUCAUGACUUCCAGCUCUGUAUUUAAUUUUUUUCUUGACUUGAUGUGGAAACGUUUUUAGAGAACAAAUGUUUAUUCAGAAAAAGUAUUGAAAUUGAUAAAUAUGAAAAAUAUAUUUAUAACAAUGUAUAAUUAGUGCGGCAUCUGCCUCACCAACUUCAAAUAGGGACAAUUUAACUUAGCAAAAAUCUUUAUGUACUGAGAUGUUCAUUUUUACAGGUGCUUUAUUAAUGAUGCAUGCGGCUUGGAAGUCAAGUAUACGUCGAAGAAAAGUAGAGGAGAAAGAAAGUGAAAUUAGCCUAGAAAAAUGUAGAGGAAAUAAACUGUAGGAUAUUAAGAUAGUUCUUGUUUGUCAGGAUGAUUCUGCUGCAUGGCAAAACUUCAGGAUGUAUUUGUUGAUUUGGGCAUUAGGGAAUGAAGUGUAGAAGGCUGUGAAUGCUUCACUUUUGAAGAGCUAGAACAUGUUUUUUUCUUAAAUUGAGUAUCAGGGACAGUGGGGCAAAAAUUAACAACAUGAGUUGAGACAGAUGAGCUAUUCUCUAAAUAAAUGGUGAAACAGAUACAAGAGAUGACAAAAUAUAUUUCAGUUCCUGUUGGAUUCCUGUCACAUUUUGAAUAUUCUUAGAUAUGCAGGAUAUCUUAUGUUUCCAACAUACUGUUGUUUUUGUCUAAUCAAAGUCGUCAUCAUGGAUGGGCAAGCAUGUAUAAGCCUGCAGAAUAUCUUGGAGGAUCAGUUUUGAUGCAUAGUGGAGAGUCAUUGCAUGCUGAGUAGCUGAAUGCAAUUAACAUUUUUUAACGAGUGAGGAGUAACCAUGUACUACUUGGAAAGUAUAAGAGGCAGGGUUGGAUCAUGAUAAAAAGCACACUACUUUCUUAAGCUAAGACUAAUGUACGAAUGAAACGAAAAUAGAAGUUGCUGGUAAAGCUCAGCAGGUCUGACAUCAUCUGUGAAGAAAAAUUAGAAAUAACAUUUCAAAUCUGAUGACCCUUCCUCAGAACAGCGGAAGAAUCACUGGACCCGAAACAUUAAUUCUGAUUUUCCUUCACGGAUGCUGCCAGAUCUCCUGAGCUUUUCCAGCAACUUCUGUUUUUGUUCCUGAUUUACAGCAUCCACAGUUCUUUCAGUUUUUACUAAUGUAGCAAUGUGGUGAUAAUAUGUUACAGUUCACUCAGGGACCCUGAGUUGCUGUAGUAAUAUGCACGUCAUAGUCUGGAACAAUAAUCGAAGCUCCAACUUUCCUUACAUUACAUGUCUGGGCCAGGAAACUCUCCCACUCUAGUACUCGUCAUUGACAUUGUUGGAACGAUUUACAGAUUGGUGCUCAAACUGUUUGGCCAUGUUCAUCAUACACCUUCCUGGACCAUCAGGUCCUGGAGUAAGUCUUGAACUAAGAACAUCUGGCUCAGAGAGAAGGACAUUGCCCACUCUGCCACAAGACCUUGAAGCACUAAUGUAAGGAAAGUAAAAUAUGUUAAAGAGCAGUACUAGUCAUAGAUUUUAAGUAUGAGAUGAUCCAAGUGGCCCAUGAAUGGGAAGAACUCAUCACACCGCAAAUUCAAAAAUCUUUUGGAAGGCAAAGAAACCACUCAGAGCUAUCCUCCCUUUUCCAGAGAAUCGCACGUCAAAUCUGUUUCACUCAAUUCCUUCGCCAUCCAGAAUUACAUUUAAUUAUCAGCCUCCCUUACACUUUUUGUCCACUUUAAUAACUUCACUUGUAAUUCAUUAAUCCAUAUUAUUAUGAAAUGAACUAUUUCUAAAAUGAUAGAAUCGUGUUAUAUUUCAAAAAGAGUCGUUUAUUUUCUUGUGACAGGUAGUUAAGAUUCUUGGUCUCGGAAGAAUGUUCAGGGAAAAAGUAUAUGGCAAUAAUGUUAUGAAUAAGUGAUCCAGAAGUACGAAUGGACCAGGCCCAACCACACAGUGAUUAUUUACUGUGAGCAAUUUUAGCCCCCUUUUCUAAGAAAAUACAUACUGGCAUUUGGAGGCAGUCCAGAGAAGGUUAUUCUUGGGAAUGGAGCAAUUUUCUUUCAAAGUGAGUUGAGUAGGUUGUCUCAUUGGAACUUAAAAGAGUGAGAGGACACCAUACUGAAAUAUCUAUUAUUCUAAGAGAGUUUGACAGGGUAGAUAUGGAGAGAUUGCACAGACUCCAAAAACUGCUUUCGAAUUCACGCCAUAACAGCUGUGAGUGCUGUUAUCCUCACCUUUUCGCUUAAUGCAAAAUCUGGCCCAUUGGUCUCAAAUUUCCUCAGUAACAUUUCGGCUCAAAUUAUAUUACAACUACUAAAUUCUAGAUUCUCCUUUAAUUAUAGUAUCAUAAUUGAAGAUUAGAUGCAAAUUAGCCACUAAAUUUAUAAGCUGUUCAACAAGUACCUCCACAUAAGCCCCUCAAAACAUUGCACUACCCCUAAUCUUUUCUGCUAUUUUUCCCAGUCAAGACCUAAGUAAUUGAAAUCCCUAAGAUUAACGUCCUGACUGUUUUAAUAGAUCUUUGUGAUCUGCAAGACAUUAUUUGGUUACCCACUCCCACUGUCCAGAAAAUCUAUAAAAAUAAUAAAUACUUUUUCUACCCUUGACCUCAACGCACAGUGUCACCUCAUGUCAAGACACAUUUCAUCUCACUCUCUUACCAUUACCUCUUUUCUCAAAUCAUUACUUUCCAUUUCUGUUUCCUUUUCAAUUUCAUCUUCCUCCCCAUGCAAUGACAACUCCAUAUAAAAAUCUUUUGUGUUAUUCAAGGUUUAAAGCAUAUUCAAAGUACAAUUCCAGUAAAACCAAGCUAACAUUUUACAAAGCAUCACUCAACCCUCUGGUUUGCCCAGAUCUUGGCUCACUACUUUCUUCGUGAGGGCAAUUAUAGGCGAGCAAUAAAUGAUGGUUUUUCCAGCGCCAUCCUGAUCACAUAAAAAAUAAUUUUUAAAAUUUCCCUUCCUAUUCCUGUUCAACAUUCUGUAUCUGGCUCAUAUAAUUUUACAUCAGUUUCACUCAUCUGGCAGUAUUGCUUAGUGAAUAAUUAAUUAAUGACAGCAACUAAUAAAAUUGUGUUGUCUCACUUUAUAAGGUUUUAAUUCCCAUGACUUUAUUAGUGGGUCAUUAACUACAAAUCAUGUUUUUCUUUAGAAAAGGAAGUUCCUGCCAUCACCCCCAUCACCUCCACCUUCCAUUACAGAGUGAUAUUAGGUAGGUUUGUAAUGUGACGACUGUAAAAAUGCCAUUGUAGAUUGGCCCUCACGUAUAGAUACUAUGCAAACUUUAACUUUCUGUUAAAGUUACUUACUGCCUUAUACUAAUUUAAGAUUUGAUUUUAUUAAUCAAAAAUGUCAUAACUAACUUUUUUUUCUUCGUGGAACAUGUCACGGCAUUCUGAGGUCAUUUUGCCCCUUGAAUUCCACUCAUUUCCUCAACAACAGUAUUAAGCACCUGGAGUAUCAUUAUAUCACAAUCAAAUUGCUGUUCAGAAAGGGUCGCGGUUGAAUAUUACAUGCUGUUUGAUAACACAUUCAGAACUCCUUUAUCUUCAGCAUGAAUUGUGUAUGGUCAUCGCUGGAAGAAUCAGUAAUGUUUGCUUUACAUUAUUAAAGAAAAUUGUCGAAGAUGAUAAAUCUGAAAGGUAGCUCAUUCUGUCGAAUUUUUAUCCCUCGAAAUGUUUUCUGUUGAAGUUGCCAUUUGCUCAGCAAGUGCCACUUGCUUUCCACCUCACCUCUUGUGUCAAGUUUAGACUUCUGUAAAACAAUAUUUAAUGUGUACUGACCUUUCUGUGUAGAAACAGUCAGUGAUUCCCUCGCUGGCAGCAUGCUAGGGAUGUUGCCUUGACAACGUCAUGCUGAAAGUUACGAGAUGUCAUUUCUGGAGGACAGCAGAGGUAGUAUUUCAUGUGUAUGUUUCUAGUCUCUGAUUGCUACCUUAGAUAAUUUCAAAAGGCUGCAGAGUACAGAAGGUUGCUAAAUGGUUCAGGGGGGUAUGGAAUUAAUAGUCACCUGUUGUUCUGAUUUUGUAAGGCAUGAAAGGAAAGUGUUCUUUCGAGACUUAGGAAUCGUUAAACUGUUAACUUGAAGAAGGAGUUACCUUAAAAGGCACAAUGACUGAGGGUAGCUUGGCAUAGGUGUUGAAGGGAAUAUUUUAACAAAUGGGGGAGUAUCUGUUGAAAUGUAUAAAACCAACAGCAGAAAAUAACAUGUUCAUGUAAUAUGUUUGACUUGUGCGCGGACUGCAGAACAGAACCCAUUUGCAACCCAGGGACUAUAGUUGAUCUCUUCAAGGUAAUGCCAGAGGAGCUAACUGAGAUCACAGUUGGCACUGUCUGCUUCCAUCUCCCUUUGAAAAUGAUAAACUGAGAACGUAAGAUGCUGGUGACAAACAUGUGAAAUUAAUGGAAGCCAUUUUCCCAGCCAUUUGACAGUGUUUCUGGAGAAUUGUGUUGCAUAGUGACUGAAGAACACUAGUUGUACAUUUGGAGAGGAAAGAAUUUUUUUUUCUGGCGCUUGCUUUCCCUAUUAUACCAGAAAUAAAAAGUCAAAAUUUAUUUUAGUUUCUUUAUUUGCUGCUGAUGAUGCUGGUCAAAACAUUGUCAUUUUGCUUUUGGCCACUGUUCAUAUUACUGUUUACUUAUAUGGUCAUAAUCACGUGGCAAGAUCAAAACUUUGGAUUCAAAACUAAUCAAUGUUAAUACAAAUGAACUUACUUCUAAAAUCAUAAAAUUAGAUUGAUUGGCCAUGCUAAAUUAUCCAUGUUGUCUGGGAAUGUGUAGUCGAGGUGGAUUAGCCAUGGAAAAUAUAAGGUUACAGUUUAAGGGUAGUGGGCUGCGACUAGGUAGAAUGCUUUUCAGAGGGUUAAUGCAGACUCUACGGGCUGUUUAGCCUCUUUCAACACUGUAGGGAUCAUAUGAUUCUAUGAUUGUGUCAUUUCAAAACAGAAUCAAAUUACUUGUGCUGUAUCAGAUAGUGGAGUGUUAGUCUCGGAAAAAUAUUGGGGAGAACAUAUAAGACAUUAAUAUUAUGAUGAGUAAAUAAUCAGAAAGCAUGAAUGAACCAGACCUAACCACACUGUGUUCUACAGCCCUGGGUUAUGGGCUAACAGACAAGCUUUCUGCAAGACUUCAGAAACUCUGAUUUGAUCAGCAUACAUCACAAAUGUAGUCCUUGUUGAACUUGUUUGUCCCUUCAAAAAUGGCUCUCCUGAGACAGCGUAGUCUGUUAGAUCCCUGUCCUUUGGUCCAUGGCACCUGAUUUCAAUUUGGGUGAGUGUUAAGGUGAUUAUCUGACAGUUAUCAAGUUCUCCAGUAAAAGCAUUUUUAACUGACACAGUCAAGUUCCCAGAGGAAACAAUUUUACAGCUAAUAUUGUAGUUUUACUCCAAGAAUACUUCUGCAUGUGGCCUAGAGUUGUUAAAGGACUUUAAAAUAAUUGACUGCAGUGCAGUUCAUGUUAUCAGUAGCACAUCAAUUAGAUCAAUGGAUUGGAAAUGAUAAAGAUUCAUUCUGUGAUUCUUUGUUCAGUGAGCCUGUACUCUUGGGUUUUUCAUCCAUCAUCAAAUUGAGUUCCGUAAAGCAAAACAUUUAGAGGGCAAAUAUAAUUGAACCUGCAGGAAGUGAGGAGGCUUUAUAACUCAACCAGCAGGAAGUAGGGAGCCUUUAUAACUCAGCCAGCAGGAAGUAGGGAGGCUUUAUAACUGAACCUUCAAAAAAUGGAGAGGACAUAUAACUGAGUCUGUAGGAAGUGGGGAGGUUGCUGCGCAUCUUACACCUUUUCGUUAGAAAGUGAAAAUCAUCGGGAGGUAAAGUAGCCACCAAGUGUCAUCUUGAGUUCGCUGCAUAAAGGCAGGUUUAACCCACAGCUCCCAGACCACCUCCACGGGAGAGGGCGAGGAUGAAGUUCCCAAAUCCAUCUCAGCUAGAAUGGGGAUUGAGCCCAGUGCUAAUGGCAUCAAUCUAAUUCACAGCAGCUAUCCAGCCAACCAACCCUCCAUCGCCCGAUCGAGCCCAAGUUGCUAUAACAACGUGUCUUCUCAUAUCUUCACAUGUAUUUCAUAACCUGCUGUGGUAAAUAGCAGAGGUGGAUGUUGUAAAGUUUUUUUUUAUCAUUCACCUGGCUGACCAGGAAUCUCUCUGACUCUUAUCAUGUACUGUUGAGGUACGUUAGAAGGAUUUAUAAGUUGAUACUCAAACUGUUUAGUUGCAUUUUGACCACAGCCUUCCCCAUCUCGUCCUAGGUUCAACUUGAACCCAGAGUUUCUGACUCAAGUAAGGACAGUGUGCAACAAGAUCUCCUCCACCAAAAUAUCCCUUUCUUUUACCCAUCAGACUCACCAAGUUAUAGUUCCCACCUUAGUUUUUGCAUGCCUCCCAUCGGUAUUCAAACUAAUAAAUGCUGAAACUUGCCAUUUACACCUGACAGGCUCAAGUAUAAAGCAGCACUGGAAGUCACCAGAGGGGAGCAUGUUAACAGCUGUACCAUCAGAGCAUUGGAUGGAUGUUCCAAAUUCAAAAUUAGCUUUACCUUCCUCAUCCCAGCUCAAGAUAAGCCUGAGCUCUCAGCAUAAAAUUACUCACCAUUUGGUGUUAAACUUCUCCAAGAAAUACUCUAUGGUUGGCUUGUGUUAGAAAUUGAGGCAUCACAGAUCAACAACUCACUUGUACUUCAUUUAUAAUGGGCUAGAUGUUUUGAUCAGCAAAUUAUUUUAUUGCUUUUACCUAUGGAUGCUUGAUGGCGUGACAUGAAGGACUUCAGAUACCUGAUGAAGCUGGGCUUGGUUUUCUUAGAAAAGAUUGGGAAGAGAUUUUGUGAAGUUUUUUUUGAAAUCAUGGGUGCUCUGGACAGUGUAGAUAGAGAGAAACCAUUCCCAAUGGCAAAAGAGUUGAGAAGCAAGGGAAACCAAGUUAAGAUGAUUCAUGAAAAAAUUUUACUAACUCUGUGAGUGACAAAGAUCUGGAAUAUACUGUCUGAGAAAGUGAUUGAGGCAGAUUCAAUCAUGACUUUCACAAGGGAAUUGGGUAACCACCUCAAAAGAAAGAAAGUUGCAGAGUGACAGAUGAAGGAUAUAGGAUUUAGACCAGUUACAUUGAUCUUAUGAAGAGUCUACACAUGUUGAAUGGCCUCUAUCUGCACUGUAACAAAUAAAUUGGAAGUUUCUUUCAACCAACCAUCUAAGUGCAGUGAUCCUCAUCGGAGCUUUCUGGAACUUAAUGUGAACAGGUCAAGUGUCCAUUACCUCAUUAGCCAAUUAGAAUAGAGAAAUGUUAAUGAGCAGCACAGUGUCUGAACCAGGGAGUACCAGAAUAUUGGAGUCAAUGUCAUAUAAUGUACAGUAAAAGGGAGGGUAUAAUCGGAUAGAGAGAUAAAAGAAACAAAGAAAAACAAACAAAAGCGUUGUUUUCUAAAUCUCCAACAGUAAUUAAAAACUGAAGAAAUAGGACUCCACACUGAUGUAAGUUAAUUUACUGUGUGAGAGGUUGUUUGUUAAUAAUUAAUAUUUAUCAUACUGCUUAAAAAGGUAAUCAGGAGGAAUGAUCAAGCCCUAAUUUUUUUAGUGAAUUUAAUUUCCAUCCAGUAGGUAAAUAUAGAAAAUUCACUGUGUUCUGUGUGCUCAAGGCCUAGUCUCAUGCUCCCAGUUUUGCCCAGAUUCUGGUAAAGUAGGGCAUUUCAGAUCAAAUUGUAAUCCAGUUUCCACAUAAAUAACAGUGAUCAUCAACAGCUUCACUGUUAUUUCUACUGAAAAAUGCAACUGCAACUUUAUUCAGCACACAGAAUUUUCCCAAAUGUGUGGUGUUUGCAAUUUUAUGGUUGUAGUAUUGUUAUCUGAGUUCCAUGAGAGUUCUACAUGGAAUGGCCUGAAAGGGAUGGUGAAAGAGACAGAUUAACUCAAUGGACUGAGCAAAAGAAGCUUGAGCUGUUGUCUGAAAUGUUGAUAGGAUUUUGCAUAUAAUGUACAGAUACUAAAGUGUAACUUUUAUGAUCAUAUAUGUAAAUGUAAAUUUGAAGUACCUACCGUUCUGGCAGUCAAUGAUGUCAAUCUAUUUUGCCACACGGAUUAGGUCUUCCAGGUGUAGAAUGUUAAAAGAAGAGGAGCGGCUUGCCUUGUAUAAUUGCUUUACUAAAAAAGAAAGCUGAGCCCAGUCUGUGUUUCUUACUAAGUUGCACAUUGGAGACAUUUCCCAGCUUUUCUUCAUUAUGAAAAGCUAGUCUAAAGAUGAUGUAUAGAACAUGUUAGAUUGUGCCCACCAUUUCAAGUAGUUUGGGUGAGGAGAGGUGGGGUGUACGUGUACCUUUGAUGAUUAUGCAUGACAGGAUUUCCUGAUGCUUUUGUGUUUAAGAUGAUUAUGACCGAUCACUUCCACCAGAGAAGUGAAAGACCAGUUAGAAUGGAAAUAAUGUUAAAUAAACCCCUGAGACAUUCUUGCACAAUGUCUGAGCUAUGUGUUAAUAAUGAAGGGACAGUGUGGUGGACUUUAUUCACAAUGGGAUUGUUGUAUUUUCAUUGUUCAAAAAUCAUGGCUGAAGAAAUGUAAAGAUCCUGGCAAUGUCAAGAUUCCGACCAAUUAGUGUCUUUUUGGCACAGCGUAAAAAGGUCAUAGUUAAGACACUUGCAUUUUCCUGCUUUCACUAUCUCUUCUAAUAAAAUACAUUUUGUGCUGGAUACUAUUGUAGGCAUCCAAAGACAUCUCAAUCCUCAUUCAUGUGGCUAUUCUCAACAGCAGAGUUUCAACAGUUUUAGACAGGAAGUAAUGUAACUGGUGGGGUAUAUACAGCCAUGAUUGUGGUAUCUGACUUGAUGUCUGGACACACCCAUUUCUUACAAGAAUAGACUUGAGGAGCAGCCAACUGUUUGCUUCUCUUGCAAACCACUCUCCACCCUCUAAACCCCUAAAUGCUGAGGCCAAAUAUGGUGCACCCCACUGCCAUCUGGCUGAGAUCAACAAACUGCUUAGCACAGACCAAAGGUUAAAUGUGAAAGUUUUCUGGUCUGCAUGGUUGGUUUUUUUAGCUCCAACACUGAGAAAUCAAGGGGUACAGAGAACCAUAUCUGAUGGGCUUGUACAGUCAUUGCUCUUAGACAGUUUUCUCAUACUGAUUAUAAAUUCCAGUAAUUGAUAAAACGAUGUUGAAAAUGUAAAGUUGUUCAGCCCGUGAUAGUUUUGAAUUUGAAUUCACUCACCACAGCUAUUGUCAAUAAAUUGUUGCAUAAAAUGUUACCUACUGAGAUUGAUUUCACAAAGAUUUUUGGUUUUCAACUGAAUUUGACUAAUUAGUUAAUCUUCUUGGUGCUUGUUGUAUUUUCAAAAAAGUCAUGUUGGACAUUUUUGUUAAAAAAGAGAGAAAGUGUCACCUUUUCUGGGCCAUUGAAACUGCAUUUCACUACUUGCAUAAAAUCUACAAAAUUUUACAAUUGACUGUUUUAGGAAACCACCCAGUGUCUUUUCGAAUAGCCGGGAUCACUUUGUUGGUUUGUGAGGCCGUCACUUCAAAUCUGUACCAGGCCACAAUGUCCUCCAGCCUUCCCCAACUCUCUUGAGUGCAUCUUUAAGGAAGUCAGUUUGAACACUGACUGAAAUGGUAUUUUACUUCUGCAAUGCAACAAACCUUCAAAGUAAUUUAAGCAUCUGAGUCCCGAUGAGAAAAAAUGUCACUGGCUCAGUGUAGUUUUAGGGCUUUUAAAGACUGAACAAUCAAUGGAAUAAAUAUACCAUGGUUUCAUCCAUUCAUGUAAACAAAUAAUGCUACAACACAGUAUUGCUGGAAUAAUGCAUAUAACUUGUGAAUUAUAUCAAUUUUUUUGUCAUGGAGCGCACUGAGGAAAUUGGAUGGAAGUUAUAUUUAUUCUUUGUGAUGUCAGAUAGAAUUUGGUACAAAACUUUGUCAAAGUCUUCAAAAGCUUUAAAAUUCACUUGUUUGAAGUCAGGAGAAACCCUGCAAAGAUUUCCUGAAUGUAAAUUAGUGUAAUCACUGUUCUAAAAUGUUUCUAACGCGUUGAUAUAAAAAGCUGUGAUAGAGAUAUCCAGCUAUAAAUUUUGAUGAGAAAUGAACUUUUGUUUAGAGGUUUACACGUUGUUUUUAAUGCAAUUAUGUUUUUGAUACACGGGCUGCAUAAACCAGAAAAGCGUGUGCUGUCUUUUUAAUGUAAUUUGGAUGUUAAUUUUAAUUCAGAUGAUAGUAUUCAGCAUCAUAAUUGAUCUCUUUGAAAAGUUAACUUGAGUUAUUCAGGACUAGCUGAUGAGAGGUUACUGAAGAUCUUAUAGGUUCAUAUUGAUCCACAGAGAGAUAGAGAUGCAAUUUGGUCAAAAUAACACCAUCUGAACAAUAUCCAAACCAUAUUUUACAAUGUGUUAUUGAAUUAAAAAACCCACAUGUUCCUUUGUGUUGAUUGCGCACUGAUGGUGAUUUUCACUGCAGCCUUAUCACAAUUCAACCACUUUUUCAAAUCUGAAAUGAACACACUUUCUCAAUUUCCAUUAACUGAAAAAAAUGUUUUUGUUGUGUUUCUAUCUAAAGCAAAGCUUCUACAUGGGAUUGAAAUGAAUGGGUUAAUAUCCAUGUUAAAACGGCAAUCCACAUGAAUGUUUUGAGUCAAUGUGUGCACAGUAUAAUUUUUGAGACCUCCUUUGUAUUUGUGUAUUGUUCAGAUAGUUAUCAUAUUGCAACUUGUACUUUACUAAUGCACAAUGCACACAUCUCAGUGCUGCAGCUAAGGUAUUGUACUGCAAUACUGGACCCCUAUGAAAAUAAAUGUGGUCUUUAGGCUUUAAUGGUUUUCUUUAUCAAAACCUCACUCAGAGUAUUUUCAUCUUGUACAUUACCACAGCAAACUUUUCUAGACUUCAUUGGAAGCACAGUUUUGCAGUGACAUUAACCCUCUUGAUGCUAAUGCUUCAGCCCUUCAUGCAGCAAAAUGUAUCAUUGCUGAAAAUGUCAAAAUAAACUGGCUAUAUUCUCCCAAGUCUUUUUUGGGGAAGUUGACUGAUUAAUUAUAAAGCAGAUAUAAUGAUUCAAAAUAAUUUUAUAGUUUCUUUCUGGUUUAUAACUUAAGUGAUGUGAUGCACCCAUUUUAUACAUUCUAGAGCAAAAGUGCCACACUGCUUAUUGGAUCACUGCAUGAGCUAACUACCAGAAAGCUUCAUAAUGAUUUUUAAAGAGGGAUUCCUCUGUCUGGUAUCAGCAUUGUGUAUGUAAUAACCUAUAAAAUCACAACUGGACGGUUAAUUGAAUCAACUUCAGGUAUUACUGUUGUGAUUUUACUUUCAAUAAAUGCAGAAUGUUAAUAUGUAUAACUGAAACUAAAUGGUGCUGUACCAAAGCCUUAUCUGUAGAAUAUUUAAUGCUAUAUAUCCUACUUGGGCUCUUGGCCUCCCUCUCCUUCCCUCAACCAUAUGAAAUUGAAAUCCAUUGGGAAUGACACAGCGGACUGCUGGAUUACCUAGUUUGGGUGCAGGAUUUACAAUGGAUAAACAAACAAAAGAAUCAUAACCAAAUUGUCAGAAUUAAUAGUUACUAACGUGGUUAGAACUUGUGUGGGGCAUAAAGGCAAGCAGAGAACAGCUGGGCCAAAUGGCCUGUUUCUGUGUGAACAAUUUAAUAUAAUUAGAGAACUACUAUUAGAGGAAACAUUUGAUAUGUAAAAGAUAUGUAAAUUAAUUACACAUCCAAAUGUGAAAAAAGCCAUUAAUGGCCAGGGUCUAUAUUUAAUGUUGGAUUUCCAUUUUCAUAACAAUAUAAAAAAAAUUAAGUCACGAGCACAUUUACUGCUGAAAAGUGAAAUGUUGUUACAGUUUAACUUGAAGCACAGAGAAUUGGUAUUCCCAAUAUCCUGACAUUUUCUGUCAAUUGAAAUUUAUUUGGUAUGAGUCCUUUUGCUUUAAUGUAUUUUGACUUAUUUUGAUUUUGGUUUGGUCCAUAAAUUCUUUAAUUGUUGGGAUGAUGCUCUAGCGCAGAUGACACUAGUUAGUAGAUUGCUAUGUCAGUUGAUGCCAUGUUGCGCAUUCUGCCAAGUCAAAGAUGGAAAUUUCCUGCCCUCUUCCAUCUUCAGUUGUCAGCCAGUAGUAACAGAACAUUGGAGAUGGACAACCUGAUUUCUGACUUUAUAUUCUGGUUCAUUCAAAAGUUUUGUUUUGUUUUUGGGAGAUUUGCUGAAAAAUAAUUUGUUUCCCUAUUUCUGCUGUCUGUAACCAUGUCUGUACCUUUAAUCAAGAAGGCAAGGUGGUUUCCUUUAAUCUCAUUUUGUUGUUGGAUCACAUGUGGCCUGUCUAUUCAUUAUUAGCCUACCAGCACAGGCAUUGAUUUCUGCGGAGUAUUCUGCCUGCUAUCCUGACAAUGGGUAAAUUGCUUCUCAGUGCAACUGGGUUUUCAUGACUGAAUUAUUCUAACUCAAAACUCUGUCUGGAAUGCCAAGCCUCUGGUAAAUAAAUUAUCUGAUUUAAAUACUUUUAGGCAUAAUACAAGAAAACAAGAAUCAAAAAAUGAUUUGUGUGCUGAGGUUGAGAAAAAUCUGAAGAAGAUGUAUUAUUCAGUCUUUAUUUCCAUUUACAUUGUUGGAUGCAAUUGCCGAAAUGUAACAUGUCUGGAUAAUUGUUAUUCACAUUUCAACUUACCUUGGUAUAAUUAAUUUGAUGGUUUCCCAUCUUCGAUACAAUCACCUCCAGUGAUAUUUCAAAUGCACUCAGUCAGAAAAGCAAUUAAAUAUUUCCAUCUAGAACAACUUUAAGACUCAAAUAUGUCGACAAUACUUUCAAAUGUUUGCAUGCUUAACUACAUAAAUGUCCAAAUGCACUAAGCACAGAUAUAAAUACAUCAUUUUAUUUCAUUUACAUAAUAUUGCAAAAUCUACUGAGAAUACAGACCAAAAGCUGAUGUGAGUGAUUUAUUAAUUGAUAUUAUUUAUUUAUUAGAUGAUUAUUUAUUUAUUUGUUAUGAUUGGGGCUGUCCAUUGAGAACACAUUGAAUUUAUUGAACAGAUAUCCUGAGAUAGUAAAUGUUGAUUAGUCCCAGUCAGCAUAUAUUUGGAAUUAUUUUUGCAUGGAUCUGACAGACCAUUUUUAUGUGCCAUCUGUUGUUACACUUUGUUUUAUAAUUCAAAUAUGUUUUGAUGAGUUCGGGUUUGCUUCCCAUUUUUGUAAUGUUCAGGGUAUCAUCCUUUCUUGUUGUAUGGUAUUUUCUUCCCCAGAUGUCUUGAAAUUGUAGAUUCAAACUCAACGGUAAUUAGAAUGUCACUGGAGGUUUGAUUACAAACAUUGUAUCUUUCAGUUAUAUAACAGAAAUUUAUGUUUAUUUCCCAACCCCUUAACUCCUUAAUGUACACAAAUGUAAACAUUACCCCAAACCAACACAUCAAUGUUUAACUUGAGCUUUAUCUCUCACUAAAUAAAUAUUUUUCCAUAUUUUUGAAGAGCGUAAAUAGUCAACGCCCAUAAUUUUUACUCAGUUGGUGAUAGGUAAUUUUUACAAUUUUACCCAUUCAAUAAAGUUAACCGAAUUGUCACUCUCCAAGCGUAACGGUUCUUGCAAAUUAUUUAUUUUUAAGUACCAAAUCCAGUGGUAUUUUUGUGCCUGUUUUCUCAAGUAAUAUUAAAGUGUUAAUCUAUAAUUGGGAAUCUUCCUAAAGUAGGACAACAAAACAUGGGUGACUGGUUUAUUUAUAUCCAUUCAAUGUGAAAAUUGUCAAUAUUAAAAAUAAAUUGAUACUGCUUCAGAGCAAACUCAAGUAUUAAUGAAGGCAGCCCAUAGAUAGAACUAUGUUGUAGCACAGUAACCACAAGUGGAUUUAGAUGAGAUCCAAUUGGAAGAGGGUCAGUGGAGUGACUUAUAAAACCUGUCUGGCACCUAAAAGAUAAUACUACUUCGGUUCAGCAGGCAUAGCCCUGUCCUUCUGUCUUGAGGAUGAUGGAUAUUAGUUAAACCUAGUAUAGAGUGAAUAUUUACCAUCUGGACAUAAUUUCUCAGUACCACAUGUAUGAAAUUUCACUGGUAAAGACUUUAAAUCUCUUUUAAGCUUAGAAGUACACCAAUGUAUAAUCUUCAAUAACUCAUUAUAUUAUGUGAGUUCUAAAUAAGUUGUUCAAUUCAAAAUCAUAUCUUCUGGCAGUGAUGUCACGCACUUACAGUAGUAGGUGAUACUGGCAGUCCCGCUAAUAUUUUUAUUUAAUAUUUUCUGAAGGGAUGGAAGGAGUCCUGGUACCCAACCAUUUCCAAGUAUUUUGAACCUGCUGUGUAAUCAAUCAGAGUAAAGUUGGUGCAUGUUCAUGAAGAAAUGUAUGUGCUUGGCUCAGAACGUGUCAAAGAAACAAUAGAGGACAUUUAACUGCAAGGUAGUGUGGCAACUACUGUGUGGACAUUUUCAGCUGCUUAAUUCCCAUGUAACAUUAA